GCGCGGGCGGAGGAGCCGGGCGGCGGCAGCAGCGGCGAGGAGGACAGAGCUGGCUUCCUUCUGCGGCGCCCAUGGGGACAGGACGACUUUAAAGGAGUUUGGGGGGGUUCUGGCGCUGGGCGACCACGGAUCCGGCGAUUCCUGCCCUCGCCUCGCCCCGUCAUUGAUGGGAAAUCAACUGGAUCGCAUCACCCACCUGAAUUACAGCGAGCUGCCGACCGGGGACCCCUCGGGGAUCGAGAAGGACGAGCUACGCGUCGGGGUGGCUUACUUCUUUUCGGAUGAGGAGGAGGACCUGGACGAGCGAGGCCAGCCAGACAAGUACGGCGUGAAGGGCUCCGGCAGCCCUGGCCAGGAGACGCCCACCCACCCCCUCCACCACCAGCUGGUGCUGAACGAGACCCAGUUCUCCGCUUUCCGCGGCCAGGAAUGCAUCUUCUCCAAGGUCAGCAGCGGCCCCCAGGCUGGGGACCUCAGCGUCUACUCGGUGUCAGCCCUGCCUGCCCUCUGCAAGCCGGGGGACCUGCUGGAGCUGCUCUACCUGGGGCCGUCGGAGCACCCGCCGCCGCACUGGGCGGUGUACGUGGGCGGCGGGCAGAUCAUCCACCUGCACCAGGGUCAGAUCCGCCAGGACAGCUUGUACGAGGCGGCCGCGGGCAACGUGGGCCGGGUGGUGAAUAGCUGGUACCGCUUCCGCCCGCUGGUGGCGGAGCUGGUGGUGCAGAACGCCUGCGGGCACCUGGGCUUAAAAAGCGACGAGAUCUGCUGGACUAACUCCGAGAGCUUCGCCGCCUGGUGCCGCUUCGGGAAACGGGAGUUCAAAGCCGGGGGGGAGCUGCAGGCGGCUGCCGGCACCCAGCACCAGCAGCAGUACUAUCUCAAGAUCCACUUGGCAGAGAACAAGGUGCACACGGUGAGGUUCCACAGCCUGGAGGAUCUAAUACGCGAGAAGCGCAGGAUCGAUGCCAGUGGCAAACUGAGGGUGAUCAAAGACCUGGCUAUAGUGGAUGGGAAAGAAUAGGGAGGAGUAGGAGUACAUGGCUAUCUUCUUUCUGCCCUGCCCGCGAAGACCAGCCUGCCACAGAGACAGGAGGCUACACCUUCCUUCCGUGGGACACGACUGGAAGCAGGAUCCAUGGCAACAUUCCAAAAAAACCAGCAUUCUUUACACCCAUAGCCAGUAUUUUGUUUGGCUUUUAAUAGCAUUAAUGCUGAAAGAGCGAGAGGGAGGAAGAAAAGGGGGGAGGUGCAGGAAGGCUGUUCUCAGAAUAUGUGGACAAAGUCUCUCCUGUUGAUCGAUGUUGACCAUUCUAGCAACAUGCCAAUAAAAUUUCAAAUUGAAAUUUCUUUAAUUUUUAUUUCAUGGCUUUAAUCCAUGAUAAGUUUUAAACAUCUGGGACUGUGGAUGUGGAUCUAGCUUAAUGAGAUUCUAGCUAAUACUUGCCUUGCAGUCAACCAAAAGUAUCAGUCAUACUUUGCUAACUGGGAGAGGAAGGGGGUGUUUGGGUAGGGGAUAAAUGCCUGUUUGUUUUGUUUCGUAACAUGUUGCUUCAGCCUGUAGCUGCAAUCCAAAUGUUGUCCCAGCCAACUCUGGCAAGUAAUUUAUGGGGAAAAUACUUUCAUAUUUCUGGUUGAAAUCUAUCACAUUUAAAAUAUUUGCCUUUGCUUUCUGUUUGCAGCUCCCUGCUAAAUGUCAUCAUAAUGCUUUUUCCACCUCUUCCCUUCUCCCAUCCUUCCUGCCGUUUUUCUUCUGAAAAAAAAAAGUUUUUGAGCAGCAGUUUUCCUCAAACUAAAUUCAUUGGUUAAAAGAAGUGGUGUAUUUUGGAAAACAGUAUACUCUGUGUUGCUCCUCAGAGAUCCAACCUCUAGGAUCUCGUGCUUGAGCUGUGGAUUUGUAUCGCUGUAGUGAUUCUCACUGCACCACUGCUUCAAUACCUCUUCAUGCACAGGUCAACAGAAUCCUGCAAGAAACAAAUAAUUUUGAAUUCUGCAUGUUGCCUCUUUGAAACAGCAAUUUAUUAUAUAUUUACAAUUCCACUUAAAGAAAGUGGAUGUAAUGUGGCCAGGUUCAUCUUGCAUUUCAAAUUCCCAGCAACUAAAAAUUCUGUUCAGUGUAAGUUUAGAAAUCCACAGCAGCAUUUGAAAGAUGCCUUUCAAUGUGAUGUGAGCAAUGCCUUGUCUGUAUUUCAGAUCCUGUUCACUCAUUGCUUAAUUCUAAGUUUUGAAUUGAAAGAUCAGAGAAUUAAAUAUAUAAAUCUUUAAAAAAUUCAAACAAGUAUACUGGGGCAUUUCUUUUUAUUAUUAUUCUGAGCUGCAUACAACUUGUAAUGAGCAUUUUGUCUUUGCAUGUUUCAAUGCUGGAAAGAAAAUACAUUUGUUUUUGUCUUCUCUUCCCACAUCAAUGUCAGACAACAGAAGAGAAGUAAUACCCCUCUUUUGUAUCUACGAUACACUCCACCCCCUAUCAAUGUACUGUGUCCUUUUUUUUUUUUUAAUUAAACAAUGUCAUAAGCAGCCUUGUUGCAACAGUAACUUCAUUUCUACAAACAUUUGCCUCCCAUAGCUGAAGCUGUGAGGGUGGAGUGUACUUCCUUGUAAUAAAAGUGUCAACAUAAAUAUCUUUAUUAAAAAAAAAAAAAAAAAACAAACCAAACACAAAUCCCCCAAACCUCUACCCUCAAAACUGUACCCUCUCAGUGAAGGUCAUCUAACUGGCUUUGUACUUUCUGAUACACUUGGCAAAGUUAUGUGGUAAUAGCCAGUGUUACUCUUAUCCCCUCCCCUAAAAUACCUUGUUUCGUACAGUAUAGGGUAAAAAUGUGAGUUGUAAUUACUGUUGAAAUAACCUCAAACCACAGGAUACCUUUUAAUAAAUGUGUAAUGUUUUGGCUUUAUACAGGCAAUAGUUGCUGUUUGAUGAUGAUAGCUUUUCCCAUAACAGGAACAGAAUCUGCUACAUAGUAGUUGUGUAUCUUAAUUAUUUUACUCCAUUUGAUCUCCUAAAUUAUCCGUUAGAACCUAUAUUAUCCCUAUACCACUUGGUGGGAGUGCUUUGGUAUUGUGGAAAAGCACUGGCUUUACAACAAGGCACUUACAAAAAAUUAAAAAGUAGUAGGAGAAGGAAAGGUGGGCAAAAGCAAUUUAUUCUAAUUUUUCCUUAUAAAAAUUAUGCUUUAGAGAUAUGAGGCUGUAAAAGUCAGGGAGAAUGACAUGAAGAGGGAAUAAGUAACAGAAUGUUAAUGAAUGAAGGCAAGAAGAACGAAGGAGAGUCACGGUGUUAUUGUUGAUUCUUUUUCUUCAAAUUGCUGUUAGAUUAAUAGCAUAACAGUAGACAGAGGUUCCUUACAGGAAUAGCAUUGUACAUCCUCACUAGUGAGAAUUUAAAACAUACUGGCUUUAAACUUUUCACUGUGCUUUUUGAAUACUCUGUCACUCUACUAAACCAUUUUAACUCUGGAUUUUUUUUAUAAGGAUUUACUAACCUGGUUCAUAAACAUGACAAUUUUCCUUGUUUUACCUAGCUAGAUGUAGAAUGGUAUUUUAUAGUAUAUAAAAGAAGUGAUACGAACUAGUGUAUGCUUAUUUAUUCAAAAACUGUCAGAAGUCUUUGACAUAACUUCAAAUUUGUAUAGAUAAAAGUACAACAAUAUAAGGCUUUAGUCCUUUGCAUAAGGACUGUUGAAAAUAUAUUGGAAAUAGUCACAGAUGGUAUUAACCUAAGAUAUAGUAUUACCAUGACUAUGUUCAGGUAACAGUCUAAUUAACAACAGGGGUACGCAUACACUUUCUUUUGUUGUUUUUUUUCUUGCUAGAUUUCAGUCCGGAGCUAUUGACAGCAAUCUGGUCCUGAUUCAUAGUCCAUUGAAGUUAAUGGAAAGGCUUUUGCUGGCUUCAGUGAGCUUUGGAUCAGGUUGUAAGAGGUGGAUAAAAUUUUUGGACCUUGACGAAGAGUGAAAUUUAAGAUGACACUUCAGAGAUCAGAAGGGCCACCUUUCUGAGGAGGGAGACAGGGGACACAGGCAACACUGAGAAAACAAGGGACGAAAACAGACUAGCUCUGAAACAAGCAGUGUUAACCUGAGAUGGCAGUAGGGAAUCUGUGUAAAAAACUGAGUGAAAAGCAGCUAUAAAAAGUUGUUCAAUGCCUUGAAACAAGAAAUGGAAGGCUGGGGAGCAGUUAGCUGCAAGAAAGCCAAUGAUGUGAAUGACUGACAGGUAAAAAAUGUAAUUGAUUAUACUCAUCUUUCAGGAUCAGUGGCCUGCUGGAGUUAACAUUUCCAUUUCCAGCAGUAAAGAUAUUGACAAAUUGUAUUAUAUCUAUGGAAUCUGUUUGCAUUCUUCAGUCUAGCUACCUAGGGUAAAUAUUUACAUCUCAUUCAUUGCUCUUGAAGUACUGACUUGUAAUGUGACAGCAGUGUCAGGAUACUUUGCAUGUCUUUCUUCUGUGUCACGUUUCAAGCUUUCUGUUAGUUCUUUGGGUAACAGUUCUAUACAAUUUUGCUUAGAUACAACUUUUUUUCUCUUUUCAAAAUGCAAUCUUUUGAAUAGCUUUGAGACUAAUGUUUUAUUGAAAAUUCAGUUCAUGUCCUCUUGAAACAUAGAGAACCUUUGUGAAAUGUUUCCCUGUCAUGACCAAAAUGCUUACGGUUUGUUGACUGCGUCUUGGGAGAGGGCUGUAAGGAUGGGUGGCAAAAUAGGUUUUACCACUGUCAAAUUUUGUCUCCAUCUCCAUCUUAUGUUUCCAGAUUACUUUGUUUUCAUUUGUUAGAAUUCUUUUUUCCUUCCAAGUCUUAUGGUUGUAUAAAAUUAAAACAAACAAACAAAAAAAC